AGACAGUACCUUGAUAAUUUUACAAACUCUAUGAUGCUGUACCCUGGAAUACACCAGCAAUGCUGAUGAAUAUGGACAUCAUUUUGGGGGGAGGGGGAAACCCAAUUUCCCAGCAACCCUUACGAUUUCAAUAGAUGGUCUUUCUCCGCCGUUGUGUUGUAGGCAGUAGCAUGUGUUGUCGAGUAACAUAAAUCAAUUUAAAGAUUGACAAUGUCUGAACUGUUUAUGGAAUGUGAAGAGGAGGAGUUAGAGCCAUGGCAAAUACAGGUUCCAAAAAUUAACUUGGUGGAUGACGACGAUGACGAACCAAUUUUUAUUGGGGAGUUAAAUUCAUCAAAAUCCACCAGCAACUUAAGUCAAACAAACCACCAAAAGAAUAUCAAGACAGUACCAGUGCAAACUGGCACAGUUGGACGUCUUGAAGCAAAUACAAUAACUUUGACACAGACUUCAAAUGUCCAAUCUCUAACUCCUCAAUACCAACUGGGGCCAGGACAGUGUACUCCACAGUCCAUCAUACUUCCUGGAAAUGGGACUGUGUCAUCAGUUGCACAGCCUAUUUUCAUCAACAACCAGGGUUACAUUGUGAGCUCCCCACAGAACAGCUCAACUUUUAUCACGUCGCUUGGGAAACAGUAUCCCCCUGGAACAUCCUUCACAAUAGUUUCAGCAAAUCAACAGCACUUUAUGCAUCAGCUAACUCCAAGCAAUCCCACACCUGGGGUAAUCCACAGGCCUCAAGUGCAACAGAUCAGCAAUAAUGUAGUGACCCUGUCCAAUGUACAGAGUCCUGUUGCGUUCUCACAGACAGCUCAGUCAUCCAGACAACUGUCCCAACCUGUCCAGAUACUGUCAGGACUUAUCAAAGCUCAAAGCAGCAACAAGGACAAUGUAUUCAAAAGAAUCUCACCUCUAGAUCAAAGUGAGAGCACAGUUAAAAGACCCAAGAUUGACGUCACUGGGUCUACCAAUGCUGUUGAGCCAAAUGAGGUCUUCAGGAAACCGUGUCCAAAAUGUAGACAUGUGUUCUUCAGCCAAGAUAUUUUGAAUUCUCAUAUGAAGAGCUGCUGUCCUCACCUGGUGCAUCUCUUUCAAUUUCCUUGCCAAGUUUCAAGCAAGCGCAUCAUGCUUGUUAAAGACUUUUACUAUGGCAGACACGAGGGAGACAAGAACAAACAGGGGAUGAAGACUAACACUACCUUCAAAUGCCAGAGCUGUUUAAAAGUACUUAAAAACAACGUCAGGUUCAUGAACCACAUGAAGCACCACCUGGAGCUGGAGAAGCAGAACAGCGAGAGCUGGGAAAGCCACACAACCUGCCAACACUGCUACCGGCAGUACACUACCCCAUUCCAACUGCAGUGCCACAUUGAGAGCGCCCACAGCCCAUUUGAAUCUUCAACCAAUUGCAAGAUAUGUGAACUGGCUUUUGAGUCUGAGCAAGUUCUAUUGGAGCACAUGAAGGACAACCACAAGCCUGGGGAGAUGCCCUAUAUGUGCCAGGUCUGCAACUACAGGUCCUCAUUCUUUUCUGAGGUGGAGACACACUUCCGUAGUGUGCAUGAAAACACUAAAGAUCUCCUCUGCCCUUUCUGCCUUAAAGUUCUACGAAGUGGUCACAUAUACAUGCAGCAUUAUAUGAAACAUCAGAGAAAAGGAAUCCACCGUUGUGGGAAAUGCAGAUUGAAUUUCCUUACCCACAAGGAGAGGGUAGAUCACAAGUUGCACUUUCAUAAGACCUUCAAGAAACCGGCUGCCCUGGAUGGUCUUCCACCUGGAACCAAGGUAACUGUUCGAGCCUCCCUUACUGGGCCAACUCCAACUUCGCCUGGCACUCCAAACAAGUCUAUGAUUAAUGUAGUUCCAGAUAUACAAGCCACCAAACAUGCCAAAUCUCAGGGCAACGCAACAAAGACCAAAUCUGUUAAACAGAAAGAGAAGUCCACCAAAAAGCAGGAACGCCAGCCCAAGAAGCGUAACAAAGUUUUGAGGAACCUCAGAAUUGGAAGCGAAAAACACACAUGCAUCGAAUGUGAAACGGUGAUCGACAACUUCUUUUCGCAUUAUCCUUCUGUUGUAACUUGUGGUGCCUGCAAGUAUCAGACAAGUUGCACAAAAUCUGUUGGAAAUCAUAUGAUACGGUUUCAUAGUAAUGUCUCUGCUGAAAAAAUUAAAAGGAUGGAUCGUCGGAAAAUUCCGCCUGUCUUAAAGAGUUUAACCCUCAUCUGUUUGAACUGUGACCUCCGGGUGGAUGCAGCUGAAAGUGACCGCAUGAGUAAACAUUUAGCAAACAGACCUCAGCAUGUCUGCAAAGUCAUUGAGGAUAAAAAUGCCCAUGCGUCUUCCUCGUUUUCUUAUAUAGACCACAUGAAAGGAAAAUGUUCACGUAUUCAAAAGAUGCAGAAGACCAAUAGGAUGGAUGCCCUACGACUUCCCCCAUUGGUGGAGCCCUUGGUCCACUGUGUUCCAUCUGCUGCAGGGGGGGCAGUGGUGCAGGAGAUGAGUCUCAGGUCUGAAGAGGACGUCAUUCUUAUUGACGACACAGCAGCCAAUAACACUUCAGAGCUGGGGCUCCCGGCAGUCAGCCAUACCCAGGAUAUUCCAGAGACAGCCCCUAUGGAAGGCUCAGCGGGGGGAGAGCCAAAGGAGGAACCGUCAUUGCAGCCUGAGCUCAUGUCCCCCUCUCCUCCCAUGACUUGUGAGUUGGAUGAAGGUGCGGUGCCUCUGAUCGAGUCGUCGGCUAAUCAAAACUCUUUGAGCUUGGAUGUUGGUGAGCAGGUCCUAUCCCCUCUACAGCCCGAGGGAGCCGUGCAGGCCGAGGUGAGCUCCCUGGUCACUGAAAGUCCUGCAGGAGACCUGCUUUUCAUCCCUGACGGUAGAGACAUCCCCUUGAGUCCAGAUGAACCAACUCAGCAGCUCUAAUGUCAAGGAUGAAGGAUGGGAGGGUAUCUUGAUGUACCUGUCUCUGUCAUGUAAGGGCAGUGCUGCUCAUGAAAAGACCUGAAAGAAAAAUAAUUAAGAAUGUACUGAGGUGUACCUACUUGUUUUCUUGAGGUUCCCUGGUCUUGGUCAGAUGUACAAAAGUGCAGUGCUGUGUGAUUCAUAAAACUAUGGUUUUGUCAUAUCUAGGCCUUCCAUUUUUCAUCAGUGCAAGAUGCAUUAAAGCUUCAAAGAAAAAAAAUAUAUCACAGCUUUCAAUGAAAGUGAAACUAGCACAUGGUGUAAAUUAAGUAAUAUGUCAGAAUAGUGAUUUGAGUUCCUAACAUGUUGUACUGGAUGCUGCAACAAAUGUAUGCUAAAGUGAAAACAAUGCUUUAUUUUCGGGCGAUUGUUAUUCAAAAUUAGGAAGUGAAGAAAACAGUAUUGUGCUGUUAAAGAACCUAGCUUUGGCUGAGUGCUUACGCUGUUCUAUAUACUAGGUAUGAAUUUGUGUGACAAACUACACUAUCCCAGUAGCUUUUAUAUACAUUUGAAUUAUUCCUAUCUGGUGACACCGUGUAUGAUUAUGUACCAUUCUCCCAAUAAGGUGUCUUUUAUAACACAGGCCAUUAAACUGGUUCAACCAUUGUAUAUCCUUACCUUCCGUAAUAUGUAAAUAAACUUUAGUAUUACUUAUCUAAUGUGUUUAUCAUAUUUCUGAUACUUAUGAUUAAUCCAUGGUAGUUAUUUCGAACAAACUUUUACCUUGACACUGAGUAUGUGACCCCUAACUAGUUGAUAGUCUUGGUGGUUGAUAAUCAUACACACAUAUACAUGUGUGUGUUAUGCAAACAAAUCAGUAUCAAAACUGUCAACAUAGAAAUUGUCAUUGUGGUAUAGUUUCUAUUUUAACAGUACUCUGUUUUCACUUCAGGCUGAUUUGUUUGAAUUGCAGUAGAUGUCUCAGUGCUGUCAAUGAAUUUCUAAGCACCUUGAGGAUCACUGCCUCAGUGAUAGGUUUUUGGGUACUGUUCAAAAUGUAAGCUAAUGAUGCUCAAUGGGGACAAACUUCAUAAGACUGCUGACACAACAAGGCACCAAGUGUAGUGACAAGCAAACUGUGAAAUGUGUUUUGUCCCAUUUUAUUAAAGUGGUAUCUU